UACAUGGAAGUAGAAAACCACACUAAAGUAUCAGAAUUUUUCCUCCGGGGUCUCUCAGAGGAUCCUGAACUACAGCCCUUCUUCUUUGGAAUGUUACUGUUCAUGUACCUGGUCACUAUACUUGGAAACCUACUCAUCAUUCUGGCCAUCAGCUCUGACUCCCACCUGCACACCCCCAUGUAUUUCUUUCUUGCCAAUCUGUCCUUUGUUGACAUCUGUUUCACCUCCACCAUCAUCCCAAAGAUGCUGGUGAAUAUCCAGGCUCAGAGCAAAGCCAUCUCCUACGCCCAGUGCUUCAUUCAGGUGUAUUUUUUUAUGAUUUUUGCUGGAAUGGACAAUUUCCUCCUGACUGUGAUGGCCUAUGACCGCUAUGUGGCCAUCUGCCGUCCUCUGUACUACACAGUCAUCAUGAACCCACGGUUCUGUGGCUUUCUGGUUCUGAUGUCUUUGCUUCUCCUUUUCUGGGUCUCCUUGCUUCAUAUUUUAUUGAUGAGGCAGCUGACCUUCUGUACAGGCACUGAAAUUCCACAUUUCUUCUGUGAACUAGCUCAGAUGCUCAAGGUGGCCUGCUCUGACACUCUCAUCAAUAUCAUCUUCUUGUAUGUGGCAACUGCCCUACUGGGUGUGUUUCCUUUUGCUGGAAUUCUCUUUUCUUACUCUCAGAUUGUCUCCUCUUUAAUGAGAAUGUCCUCUGCAGUGGGAAAAUAUAAAGCAUUUUCCACCUGUGGGUCUCACCUCUGCGUGGUCUCCUUGUACUAUGGGACAAGCCUGGGUGUCUACCUUAGUUCUGCUGUGACCCAUUCUUCCCUACACAACUCAGUUGCCUCAGUAAUGUACACAGUGGUCACCCCCAUGCUAAACCCCUUCAUCUACAGCCUGAGGAACAAGGAUGUCAAGGGGACCUUGGGAAGGCUCCUUAGGCAAGGAGCCCCUUGUCUGUGA